CUCUGCCAGCCGGUGCCACGUGGAUGGGUAGCGCCGUUGCCCGUCUCCCUGCAUCCCACCACGGCCCCCGGGUGUGAGGGUGCAGCCCGCGACGCAGAGACACACACCCCCCACCCCCACCCCCCCCAAAUCCCGGUGUCCUGGACGAUCCCACCGGCACCAUGGAUGAGAGCUUCCGAGACCGGACGGCGUUCAUCCGAGGCGCCAAGGAUAUCGCCAAGGAGGUGAAGAAACACGCGGCCAAGAGGGUGAGCAAGGGCAUGGACCGCGUGCAGGAUGAGUACACCAAGCGCUCCUACUCCCGCUUUGAGGAAGAGGAGGAUGAUGAAGACUACCCACCCCAGGAUGGCUACUACCGAGGGGGCGAGGGGGCCAAUGAAGAGGAGGGGGCUUCCAGUGAUGCCACUGAGGGUCACGACGAGGAGGAUGAGAUCUACGAGGGCGAGUACCAGGGCAUCCCCCGGCAUGACUCACUGAAGACUGGGGAGCGGUUGGGGGCCGAGAUGGCCGUCGGCGCCUUUGAUGACAGCGAGGGACAGCGACGGAAGGACAAGGAGGAGCUGGCGCAGCAGUACGAGCUUAUCCUGCAGGAGUGCGGCCACGGCCGCUUCCAGUGGACCCUCUACUUUGUCCUGGGACUGGCCCUCAUGGCUGACGGCGUGGAGGUCUUCGUGGUGGGCUUCGUCCUGCCCAGCGCAGAGAAGGACAUGUGCCUCUCCGACUCCAACAAGGGCAUGCUGGGGCUCAUCGUGUACCUGGGCAUGAUGGUGGGCGCCUUCCUGUGGGGCGGGCUGGCCGACCGCCUGGGCCGAAGGCAGUGCCUCCUCAUCUCCCUCUCCGUCAACAGCAUCUUUGCCUUUUUCUCCUCCUUCGUCCAAGGCUAUGGCACCUUCCUCUUCUGCCGCCUCCUCUCAGGCGUGGGCAUCGGCGGCUCCAUCCCCAUCGUCUUCUCCUACUUCUCGGAGUUCCUGGCGCAGGAGAAGCGCGGGGAGCACCUGAGCUGGCUCUGCAUGUUCUGGAUGAUCGGGGGCAUCUACGCCUCCGCCAUGGCUUGGGCCAUCAUCCCCCACUACGGCUGGAGCUUCCAGAUGGGCUCGGCGUACCAGUUCCACAGCUGGAGGGUCUUCGUCCUGGUCUGCGCCUUCCCCGCGGUCUUUGCCAUCGGGGCGCUCACCACCAUGCCCGAGAGCCCCCGCUUCUUCCUGGAGAAUGGCAAGCAUGACGAGGCUUGGAUGGUGCUGAAGCAAGUCCACGACACCAACAUGCGGGCCAAGGGCCACCCUGAGAGGGUCUUCUCGGUCACCCACAUCAAGACCAUCAAGCGGGAGGACGAACUCAUCGAGAUCCAGUCGGACACCGGCACGUGGUACCGGCGCUGGCUCGUCAGAUUCCUCAACCUCUCACAGCAGGUCUGGAGCAACUUCCAGCAGUGCUUUGCGCCUGAGUACCGCCGCGUCACGCUGAUGAUGAUGGCCGUGUGGUUCACCAUGUCCUUCAGCUACUAUGGGCUGACGGUCUGGUUCCCGGACAUGAUAAAGCACCUGCAGAACAUUGAGUACGCCUCGCGCACCAAGCUCUUCACCCACGAGAAGGUCCGGCAUUUCACCUUCAACUUCACCCUGGAAAACCAGAUCCACAAAGGCGGGGAGUACUUCAAUGACAAGUUCAUUGGCCUGAGGAUGAAAUCAGUGACGUUCGAGGACUCGCUCUUUGAGGAGUGCUACUUUGAGGACAUCACCUCCAGCAACACCUUCUUCAAGAACUGCACCUUCAUCUCCACCGUCUUCUACAACACGGAUCUCUUUGAGUACAAGUUCAUCAACAGCGAGGUGGUGAACAGCACCUUCCUGCACAACAAGGAGGGCUGCCAGCUGGACUUCAGCGACGACAACAACGCCUACAUGAUCUACUUCGUCAGCUUCUUGGGCACCUUGGCUGUCCUCCCUGGGAACAUCGUCUCGGCCCUCCUCAUGGACAAGAUCGGCCGCCUUCGCAUGCUGGCCGGCUCCAGCGUGAUGUCCUGCGUCAGCUGCUUCUUCCUCUCCUUCGGCAACAGUGAGUCGGCCAUGAUCGCACUGCUCUGCCUCUUCGGCGGCGUCAGCAUUGCCUCCUGGAACGCCCUCGAUGUGCUCACUGUGGAGCUCUACCCCUCCGACAAGAGGACGACGGCCUUUGGCUUCCUCAAUGCCCUCUGCAAGCUGGCGGCUGUGCUGGGCAUCAGCAUCUUCACCUCCUUCGUGGGCAUCACCAAGGCGGUGCCCAUCUUCCUGGCCUCCGCCGCCCUGGCCCUCGGCAGCUCCCUCGCCUUGAAAUUGCCGGAAACUCGGGGGCAAGUCUUGCAGUGAUGGGCGGGGGGGAAAGGCUGAGGGAGAGGGAUCCCCCCCCCCCCCCAACUGCCACCACUACCACCUCCCUGUGCCAACUGCCCCCCCCCCCCCAAAUUCCAGCUCCCUUCCUUGCCCCCCCACCCCGGGGGAUUAGUCUCGUUAGACACUGUGAAACGUCUUCUUGGAGCAUUUGGGAUCUUUUUCAUUUGCACUUGGAACCCCCCCAAAA